CCUGGCGGAGCGGAGAGCGGCGCGUCCCUGCGGAAGCCCCUGCUCAGCGCCUCUCCUGUCCGCUCUCUCUCAGCCAGGUGCCCCGGGCCGCGCCCGACUGAGGCGGGAUGGGACCGCUCCGCGAGGGCAGCAAGGUGAGCAGGGCCGGCGAGGCGGCCCCAGAGCCCUUUGGCCGCAGGUGGCGAGUCCCGGGAGACGGACCGCGGGUGACAGGAGUACAGGAGCAGAAACUGCAGCAGGAGAAGGAGAUCUCCCGCAGCCGCAUUCCCCGCCUGCUCCUUCGACCUUAUGUAUCCCAGCAGCAACAGCAGAAAGUGUCCCCAGCCUCUGAGUCACCCUUCUCAGAGGAGGAGAGUAGAGAGUUCAACCCCCGUAGCUCUUCUGGAGGCUCAGCAAGGACCAUCAGCAGCAACAGCUUCUGUUCAGAUGACACUGGCUGCCCUAGUAGCCAAUCAGUAUCUCCUGUUAAGACUCCUUCUGAUGCUGGAAACAGUCCAAUUAGUUUUUGUACUGGCAGUGAUGGAGACUAUACCAAAAAGAAAUGUAAUGCUGGAACGGUGGGGGAAGGAAACCCACAGUCUGCGCGAUAUAAGAAGGAAACAAAGACAAACCCUGUAAAACCAGGGAGUGAAGCUGAUUUUAGCUCUUCAAGCAGCACGGGCAGCAUUUCAGCUCCUGAAGUCCAUAUGUCUGCUGCUGGGAGCAAAAGAGCCUCUUUUUCUCGCAAUCGUGGCCCUCAUGGACGGAAUAAUGGAUCUUCAUCAUACAAGUCUGGAGCCAGUCCGCCUACUUCUCGUGAGAAGGACCUGUUAUCAGUACUGUGCAGAAAUCAGUUGAGUCCUGUUAACUUCAAUCAGAAUUAUGGGGCUUCUUCAGCCAGCAGCAGUAACUCAGGUUCAUACAAGGGAAGUGAUAGCAGCCCAGUUAUGAGACGGUCGGUGAGAUAUAAUUCUUGCGGGGAGAAUCAUGGCAUUAAAGCACCACAUCCAGAGCAGUAUUUGACCCCACUGCAGCAGAAAGAAGUUACAGUGAGACAUCUAAAAACAAAACUGAAGGAAUCUGAGAGCAGACUUCAAGAAAGGGAAACAGAAAUAGAAGAGCUCAAGUCGCAGCUGGCUCGCAUGAGGGAAGACUGGAUUGAAGAGGAGUGUCAUCGAGUAGAAGCACAGUUGGCUUUGAAAGAAGCAAGAAAGGAGAUCAAACAACUUAAGCAGGUUAUUGAAACCAUGAAAAACAGCUUGGCUGAGAAAGACAAAGGGAUUCAGAAGUAUUUCAUAGACAUUAAUAUCCAAAACAAGAAACUGGAGUCCUUGCUUCAGAGCAUGGAGAUGGCUCAGAGCGGCUCUCUGAGGGAUGAGCAGUGUAUAGAGUAUACAUGUGAGUCACCUGGUAAGUCUUUAGGUCCAAGUACAAUAUAUUCCAAAAUGGUGGGCAACCUAGUUAUGGAGGACCAAGCCAUGGAGGACAGCAGGCUGCUGCUCAGUGAUGAUAUGGCUAAUGGGACUAACUUUUUUGAAGAAAUUAUUCUGGCCUCUACACCUGAAUCUGGUGAUCCAGCCCUCUUCGCUUCCAGUGCUGGGCCUGCUGCCCUAAACCAAAACGCACUUGAAAGGGUCUGUGCUGAAAAACUAACAUCCUCACAGGCAGAGGAGGAGAGUGAUAAUAGCAUGAGGACGGAACAGGCCAUUCAGACUGACGUGGUGCCAUACAGCCCGGAUGUGGAGCAGCUCGUUCAGAACAUAUUCAGAUCACAACAUAUCAGUCCCAUGAGCCCAUUUGCUGCCUUAAAGGGAUUGGAUGGAUUUCCUGCUGGAUGCUUCAGUGAAUCUGAUUUGCUACUGGACUUAAAUCCAAGUGAUCCAAACUCUGCCAUCCUUUUGUCUCCCAUGGAGUCUCCAGGUAGCAAGGGGGAUUGGAGCGUUAGGGAAAACCAUGUUAUGAAGGAACUUGACUUUACAGCCUCUUGUGAUGAAACAUUCAGAAAUGUCAUUACUGUCUCCCAGGCAGGCAUCAUGAAAAGGUACUGGAGCAGCAGUUUCCUUGUUGAUCUUUUGGCUGUAGCAGCCCCCAUUGUACCAACAGUAAUGUGGGCAUUCAGCACUCAGCGAGGCGGAACGGAUCCGAUCUAUAACAUCGGCGCAUUACUUCGUGGCUGUUGCCUGGUGGCACUACACUCGCUGCGUCGUGCGCCUUUCAGUAUCAAAACCUAAGUGCAGCUGCUGAGUCAUGUGUGCUGGUUGGUGGGGGAAGAAUUACAAUAGACCAUAAAAGUGUGUGCGUAUAAUGGCAGAGUCUCUCUUUUUGCUCCUGCAUAUUUGAUUUGCACUGUAUUUAGUUGAAAACAUGUUUGUUGUUUGAAACUGAAGGAAGGCUCAGUGACGUGGCGGCUUGGUCCUACUAAGUGUACUACACGUGUACUUUAGCAAGCAUGCUGUCGCUUUUCAUGUGUAGUCUGGUGUAUUGAUUCUUACACUAAAAGCUCAUACUUCCAAGGCAGCUUCGGGCACGUAUUGUAUGUCUGGCUUGCUUAGUGUUCUUGUAAAAUAUAUAAUUGCCCUAGCAUUCCACUGGUCUUGUGUACAAGGGGACUGUAACCAAAAAUGCAUUCGUGUAGGUUGUUGGGCAUCUUGAAUCUUGCUAUGUUUGAUAAAUAGGGGGUGAAUAUAUUUUAUGCAUAUUAUUUUAAAGUCUUAAUUGAACUCCUAUUGUAACCUGCUAGUCAUUCAAGCCAUGUUAAAAACUCUCUUUAAGGGUAUUGUGAAUUAACUUAUUUUUUGCUUAUUUAAUCAUGUUUUAUUGGAAACAGCAGAUUUAUAAUCACAAAUUACAGUAAAGCAUGAUAAAAGUAUGAAUUGGUGUUUUAUUUUAGCAAAACCCUCACCUGCAGUAAGCUAUUAAAAAUUAAUGCAGGUUUAAGGUUGAAAUUUUACACACAGAGGCGGCAGGAGCCCAGUGAAUACUCUAGGGCAGUGGUAUGAAACUUUGGGUUGCGACCCAUUAUUGGGUCAUGGAAUGUAAAGCACUGGGUCGCGGUUACUCUGGUCAGCACCGCCGACCGGGCCAUUAAAAGUCUCAUUGGCAGUACUGCCUGGCUAAGGCAGGCUAGUCUGUACCUGUUCAGACACCGCGCUGCGCCCUGGAAGUGGCCAGCAGCAGGUCUAGCUCCUAGGCAGGGGAGGCACGGGGCUCCAUGCACUGCCCCCACCCCAAGCACUCGCCCUUCACUCCCUUUGGCUGGAUACCGGCCAACGGGAGCUGGGGGAGGGCAGUGCCUAUGGGCAGGAGCCACACAAAGCUACUUGUGCACCUCCGCCCAGGAGCCAGACCUGCUGCUGGCCGCUUCUGGGGCACAGUGGAAUCCGCGGCGCUAGGACAGGCAGGAAGGCUGCCUUAGCACCCCUACUGCACCGCUAACUGGGAGCCGCCAGAGGUAAGUCCACACACCAACUCCUGUCCCAGCUGAGCGCCCCAAAACCCAGAGCCCACUCCUGUACCUCAAACCCCUCAUCCUCAGCCCCACUCCAGAGCCUGCAUCCUCAGCCCAGAUGCCCUCCUGCACCCCAACUACCUGCCCCAGGCCAGAGCCCCCUCCCACACCCUGAACCCCUCAUUCCCAGCCCCACCCCUGCACCCCCACCUCUACUCCAGUCCUGAGCCCCUCCCACACCCCAAACCCCUCAUCCCCAGCUCCGCUGGGUCCUUGACAAAAACAAUUUUCUUCAACUGGGUCACCAGAAAAAAAGUUUGAAAACCACUGCACUGGGGUACUGUAGAUUGGCAUUGUCACAACAGCGGAAUUUGGCCUGGAAAACUUGGUUCUGGUUCCCACAGCAGCUAGUGAGAUGAAGUGUUCUAUAUUCAGUCACCAGUCCCCAAGCCAUCGGAGUUCCACCCUUCCACCUAAUCGUUGUGGAGGGGUUAACUUUAAUCCUUUAACAUAUUUAGAAUUUGGCCAAGUACAGUUGCUCUGGGAACUCAUCUCUUUGAACGUCUGCACUGAGAAGUGUAAAAAUUUCAUCUUUAAUUUUGGAUCCCUGUAUGUCUUUGCAUUGUUUCCCUAGCUUUUUUUAAAAAAAGCCAGUGGGCCCUAAUGAGUUGAGUUGACUUUUGAACACAUGCUCUAACAUUUGCACGCUGCCAUACAUGUACAUCCAAAUGCAAAUGCUGUGCCCCCCACUGUGCACCACUGGAAUUGCAUGUGCAGAUCCUAGAGAGGUAGCAUUGGCUGGUGGAUAAAACAGAAUAAGAUAGACUCUAUGCCUGACUCUCUGAACCUUCUUGCAGUGAGAUCUUAAGACAUGUAACCUUACUGUUGUUCAGUUUUUCCUUUUGUAAAGUAAAUGUAACAGCACCUCCCCCUGCCAUCUACAUCAGAGGGCUACUGAUAUUCAUGACAUGCUUUGCAGUCCUUGACUGGAAGGGACUAGCACUUGAUAGAUAUUAAAUACCCAUGGGCAGUGGAAUAACUGGCCAACGUGUAGGGAAACAGUCCACAGGCAGGUAGCUCAUUUACAGAUACUUAUGAGAGUUUACCUGGACCAUAGCAUUUCCCUGUAUUAGUAAGACAUUCUGUGACUGCACCUUAUGCUCUCCUAGUAAUACUGCAUUCUUAAAUAAACCCUCCUCCAUCAUUCCUGCUGCAUUAGUGCUCAUUGUGGCCUAAGGCCUACAGGAGAGGAGGUGUAAGUGAAUGUAAGGCAGUCAAAUUAGUGUAAGUUAAGCAUCAGGAGGCUGUAAAAUGACAGAAAUUAAAGCCUUUUCCUGUCUACUCACACCCCACUUUAAAUGCUUUCUGUACUAAUCCCAGCUUGUGACCCCCUCCCCCCUUUUCCUCAGCAGCCACCUAACUGGACUGCCUUACACUUGUCACUUACACACCUCUACAAAGCCCCCAGUUUUAAUUACACCUGUGCCAACUCCUGCAUACCUACUGAAAUCUAAACAGUAGGAUUUCUCUCAGCCAGGUGGAGACGUCAAGCCAAAAAUUUCAUCUCAGGGCUGAGAAACAGCAUGGGAAAUUUCACAGGCAAUUUGUUAAAGGCAGGCCGAAACACCUGUACAGGUGCUCAAACAAAGUGAUUUCUUAACCCUAACAUUUUAAACAAGCAGAACAAUAAUUCCUUAAUCCUUAGCUAUAAGAAUGUACUCAAAUGAGAAUCCUGCUUUGUUCAUAUGGUGAUGUAAGGGUAUUAUAAGCCAAACUUCCUGUUCCAAAGAACGUGGUGUGCCAGGCAAGAAAACCAAGCCCGGGGCAACAGUUCUGAUACAGUUCCCAGGUAAAAUCGAGCUCACACAUCAUGGGCAGAAAUCCCAGAGAGAGAUUCAGAGGAGGAAGAACAUGGUUGGUUUGACAGCAGGGGAGUGUGGCUUUAGCAGAGACAGUUUGACUAGACUGACUAGAGUAGCAGCAACAUGUGGGGAAGUCAGUAUAGAAAAGUAGAACAGAAAGAAAGAAUCACAUUGUAGACUGAGGUAAGAUUGAUGUAUGGAGCAGGCCUGGCCAAGACUAACGAAGAGAAGAGAGAGCAAAAAGGCCAGGACAUAAGGAAAGGAUGCAGUGGAAGAUGAGAAACAAGUAGAGUUGUCAGUGGGUAUGCCUGCACUGCAGAAAAUACAGCAGAGCUUGGGUCAGCUGACUAGGGGCUCCUGGGGCUUGCGCGUUCCUACUCAGGCUGGAGCCUCAGCCCCACCCUCACUGGGUCCCAGAGUUCAGGCAGGAACAUCUACAUGGCUAUUUUUAGUGCUGGUCAGGUGACUGGGGCUCUGAAACUCACUGCUACAUGAUUUUUUAUUUGCAGUGUAGAUAUACCCACUGGUGAUAGAGAAAGUAGGUGAAGAAUCAAGAUGAGAAGUUGAGUUUUGGAGAAAGGAUGGAUUGGAGUGGGUGGCUGGACAGAGAUAGGAAGGUUGGGGGUAGUGAGGUAGGUAUGGUAUUUGGAAGGGUCCGCUGAUGAGAACUACAGAAACCUGAGGAACACCAACAGUUAUGGGACUGUCCAGCUGAAGUAAUGAAGAGUUGCAGUAAGUUAGUGUUUUAUAUUUCAUAAGCAUUCCCACAAAUAUUCCUUUCAUUUUCAGUUACCUGAAUUUAUCUUGCGUUCAGCACAGCCAGCCCCAGCAAGUGCUGGCGGCAUAGCUGACAUGAAUAUGAUAGAUGCAGCCAUAGGGUUUUGCACAGCUGCAGAAGCAGGAUUCUAUUGGUUAGGAUUAAAAGCAAAAAUGAAUCACUAGAAGAGAAGAGUUAAUGCACCAAUUUACCAUGCAAGCUCAUACCAGCAUCCAGUACUGGGUGGCAUUUCUAGUCAGACUUAUCCUUUUUAUAGCAUCAUAUAAUACCAAUUCCAUCUCCAAGGUAAGAACACACGUAGCUUUGUUUUAUCUUCUGCACUAUAAAUAAAGUGUGUGCAGUCUUAGUUUAACACUGUGCUCUUGGACACAGAAAAAACACCCAAGUAAUUUAAGGGCUUAGCCAUCUUCGAUUAAAUGAGUGGUGAUGGUUGGCGAAAGUACCUUUUAGCCCAACCCAUAGGAAGAGAGAGUCAGACAUGGGGAGCCUAAAAAAAAAAAAAAAAAAAAAAAAAAAAAAAAAAAAAAAAAAAAAGAA